AUGCCCUCUUUCACCCGGAGGAUACCCCAAGCAAACCCACCCCCUCCCGGUACCACCCCAUCCCCCAUUCACUCUCUGCCCCUCCUUCCAACAGGCCUCCCAUCGCUCGACGAUCUCCUCGGCGGCGGCCUUCCUCUCCACUCUAUCCUCCUCGUCCUCGCCCCCGACACUCAGUCUGCAUGGGGACGACUUGUAGAGAGGUAUUGGAUCGCCCAGAGUCUGACUUCCGGCCAGAGUGCCGUAGUGGUCGGGGAGAAACAAGAGGCUGAGAGUGUAGUCCAAGGCUGUAUGUGGGUGGAAGGCGGGGUGGAUGGUGAUGGAAGUGAGAGUGAGGGGGAGGGAGGUCUGGAGGGAGGGGACAAGAAGAUUGCUUGGAGAUAUGAGAAUAUGGCAAAGUUUCAGACUACCGUUAAAGGGAAUGGCUCAAACCUGUCUCUAAUGACUCAGGUCCCACCUCAAGCGCUCGAAGCAAUGAAAAAGUCCAAACAGCUCAGCUAUGUCCCCGUGGACGUGCUUGACGUUCCUACAACAUCUUCGGGCCAAAGCGACAAGUCGGCUCUUCUGGACAAUGCUCUGAAAGGUGUCUGGGAGCAGCUCGAGUCUGCGCAAAAAGGCAGAGCUACUAGGAUCACCAUCCAUGAACUUGGCAGUCUCGACUGGGGAGAUAUCUCUAUACCCGAGAUUCACCGAUUCAUCCACUCGCUCAAAGAGCUGCUCAAAAUGAAACCCGCUUCCGCUCUUGUGACUCUGCCCGCAAGCUUCCUCGUGGCGCUAGGCGAGGCAAGAGAAGGUCUCGUGAAAAGCUUGUCUUGGGGUGUUGACGCCUGUGUCGAGCUGAAGGGCUUUGCCGACGACCCAACUCUCCCACCCCUCUUCCCAACCCACGGUCUCCUAACCCUCCACUCCUACCCAACCUCCCACACCCUCCUCCCCUCUACCCUCAAACACAGUACCCUCCUCGGCGUCUCCCAAUCCGCUUCAUCAUCAUCCUCCGGCGGCGGCGGCGGCGCAGGCGAGAAUAAUCUCGGAUUCAGGCUGAAGAGAAAGAGGUUUGUGGUGGAGACGGUGCAUUUGGGUGUUGAGGGGGGUGUGGGAGAGAGACGGACGGGAGGUGAUGUGGGUGAUGCUUUGGAAGGUGCCGAUGCGAGGACGAGUCAUACAACGGGGCUCGUUGGUGGUGUGGAGCCUGCGGCUCCUGCUCCUGCACCCGCGCCUGAGCCAGUACCAGAGGCUAUACCAAUCGACGAAAGACCGAAGGGCGCAGAUCAAGACAAGCCCAAGAAAGCGUCCAAGCCGCGCGCGAGGGUCAGAUUUGGAGGUGAAGAGGAGGUUAUCACGGUUGGGAAAGCUGGUGAUGGGGCUCGGGCUGGUCACGGGCAUCAGCAUGAUCAUGGUUCUCACUCGCAUGCGGGGCAUGACCAUAGCCAUCAGGCACCGAAGGUCGCUUUGAGACAUGAUAGGCCGGAUCUGUACGAAUUUUAG